AUGUCCGAACCAGAAAGUGCAUUCAGACAACAGUUCAGCAGCUGGACUAACAAUAAUAACAAUAGUAAUGCUAGAACUUCAGUACCACCAUUUUCUAAUUGGUCAGACUACAUUAGAACAAGUGCUAAUGAUUUGUAUGUGUCAUUGCCUUCGUAUAAUAGUGGAUCACAACAGGCAAUAGAAGAACCAUCAUGGUUUAAACUAUCUAGAUUUGAGAAGAUGUUAGGGUUUGCUUGUUGUUUAGGAGGAUCAGCGCUAUGUUUUAUUAUCAGUUUCUUUUUAUUUCCCGUGUUAGCAUUAAAACCUAGGAAGUUUGGACUCUUAUGGUCGAUGGGAUCAUUCUUGUUUGUGAUAUCGUUUGGAAUAUUACAGGGCCCCUACCACUACACUAAGCAUUUACUUUCGAAGGAUAGGAUAGUGUUCACAACAAUUUUUUUUGGAUCGGUGUUAUCCACGAUGUACGCAGCUGUGGUCUUGAAGAGCACUCUACUCACAAUAUUUUGCUGUGUGAUCGAAAUCUUCGCUGUGCUAUACUACACGCUAAGCUACUUUCCAUUCGGUGCGCAAACUGUCACCUUCUUCACGAGCUACAUCGUUGGAUACGUUGGUGGUUUAUUUGGUGGUUUACUAUAG